UUUAAAUAAUUUUACAUUUACAAUAAAGACAAUGAAGUGUACAGUUUGUAUUUUAUUCAUAAUUAAUCUGGCGUUUGCAGUGCCGGUAGAAAAAUGGCAAGAAAGUGAAGACGGCAGCAAAUUCUAUAUUGAAGCUGAUACAAAAUACAAUUGGUUUGAGGCCUUGAGCGAGUGUGCCCGAAAAAAUAUGUCCUUGAUUGCCAUUGACACGUCUGCCAAACAUCAACAAAUCGACAAUUUAUUAAAGAGAUUUUAUAACUCGAGUCCUUCUUUCUGGAUUGGCGGUCAUGAUAAUGCCCUUCAUUUACGUUACGAAUGGAUCUCAACUGGUCAACCAUUAUCGUUCACAAAUUGGGGACCCGGACAACCGGCUGAUAAACUAAAAGAUGAACAUUGUUUGUUAAUAUGGUCCGAUUUUCAGUGGCAUGACAAUUCCUGUAACAAUAAACACGGCUUCAUUUGUGAAGAAAAUCAAUUGGUUAAGUACGUUUGUCACAGACCGUUGUUAGCAAAUGCUAUGCAAUAGACAAAAUUAAAAAUAUUUUCUAUUCUUUGAAUAAUAGUAAUGCUUAUUAAAAAAAGUCCUGAAAUUUGA